AUGCAGCCAGCAACCUCUGCUUACCAACAAGAUCCAUUGGUAGAAGCUAGACUCAACAAACAUCAGCAUGCUGCUGUCGCUUGUCUGUUGACUCACGAAUUCCACAAACUCGAUCCAGCCACGGGUGAUGCCAGCUGUCAAGUUCGGGCAAUCAUCGUUCUCAUAUUCCACCAAAAUCUUAAGAAGUGGCUCGACGACAUAUGGGACAAUGCGGUCAAACUUUCUCAAGACUAUAAUUAUACUCACCUCGGGGACAAACCCGAUACCAAGACCAAGACAAUUACAGAAAUUCAAGGUGCGGACCACUCAAAAGAUUUUGACGAUUUGGUGAACGUUGUUCGAGACUUUUUGGGUGAGGAAGACUUUGAACUUCUUGGUCUUACAUACUCCCUCUGUGCCGCUGGUAUAGCCGGUUUGGAUGAAUUCGAUAUAGACUUCAGACAUCGGAGCAAUAAUCUUUGGGGAAGUCACGAAAAGUCGCUUAAGGCACGGCUAGCUAAGCUUUCUUGUGCAACUUUCAUCAAGUUUGCAGAGGAAGUUCACUCCAAUGGAAAAUUGAUUGAUGUCCUGCAGGAGACACGCUCAGUAAUCAAGAAUGAGGGAGCGGAUGACGUUCCGGUAUUGUCUAUCCAAGCGACAUUCCUUACCGCACUAGCUAUCCUAUACGCGAGGGGCAUUCCGAUUGUGAAUAGCAUUAUCCGGAUACAAAUCAACGGAGAUGGACAAUCGCAGCAUCAUACCUACACGUUUGGCAACGCACGCUCCUUCAUCUAUCUUGCCAAUCACCAGACCGGCAAAUUUGAACUUUUGAAGAAUCCAAGUCCCGAACAAAAGUGUUGCCCCGCAUUCUAUAUCAAGUCAUGGAGUACUUAUCACGCGAACUCCACUUCCAAGAGCCUCUAUUCUCCUGAUCACAAGCUAUACUAUCACGAUUUUGCGAAAAUCAGUCUGCUAUGGGCAGUUAUUGUUUACAGCGCAGCCCAUCCUCCUUUCAGUCGCCGAGCCGAGAGGGUUGAUCUUGACCUCACCUCCGCUUACGAGGGCAUUGAUGGUACUAUCCAAUCCGAUCUGGCGCUCCAACACGAUCGCUUUGACCUCGAAGGCCUAAAUUAUGAGAAUCUAGUCUCCAGAAGUUCAGACAGACCUGGCCCAAACCUCGCCACAAAGCACAAGUUCGCUUUGGAAGUUGCUAAUCAACAUCAAUUGAAUGAAGAAUGUCAGUUCGUCCGCAUGGGUGCACCUAGUACCGAAUGUACCUGGCGGAUCACCAAGCCUAUCGAUUGGCAAAUUGCUCAUGCCUCAGCAGCAACAGUCAGCUGGGUAGACAACCGACUUGAGGGAUUAGCCGAACGGCACAGAAAAGCUUCCAAUGCAAUCAUCGGGCGGUUUGUGUUUUCAUUGGGGAAGUUGGGUGCUAGCCAUGUGGAUCGGUCUAGAGCUACUGAGUUGCACAACACCAAGAAGGAAACCGUCCGAAGAAAAAACUAUCUAGCAGAUUAUCCGCAGAACGAGUCUCUGCUCAAUCGCUGA